AUGCUGCGGAGGGUGAACCGCAGAGGGGACGGCGGCGUGGUUGUUGACAGCAGAACCGAUGUUUCCAGCGAGUUUGUACAACGCGGUGGCGAGUUGGGCGAGUUCAGUGGCGCACGAGUAAGGAGGAAAUUCGGGUGCUUGAUGUUGAUGUACGGUGGUGAUGACACUGAGUUGAGCGGUGGACCCGGGGCCACACUUGGGAACUAUCAGCAGCAAGGGUUUGAGGUGGUGUUUGACUUGGAAAACCAGCGUGUGGAUUUCGCUAAGCGGCAAUGCGCAUCGCUUUGGAAUACACUUAACCGUGAGAAGAGGGUGGUGGUGCGCGGUCGGGAAAGGGAGGCGCGAUGCUGGGGAGGCGCCACUGUAAUGGUGGCUCUCAGUGAAGUUGAUGGAGGGGAAGGAAGCUGGAUGGUGGCGUUGCACUCGUGCAUCCAGACACAGGGUAUAUUGCCAACUUCAAAAGGAGAAAAUGCAGCUGCGAAAAAGGGUACAGGUACCAUCAAGAACCUGGUUCCGUCAACAAACGCAUUACUGGGGCUUGAAGGCACAGAAUCAUCAGAUGCCGACGAAGGAGAUGGAGUGGGUGAUGGUGAAGAAGGAGAGGGAGCAGAAGGUGAAGGUGAUGAUGUGCUAGAUGGGCCUGGGCUUGGGCUUUGGGAAGGUGUAGGAGUCGGUGAGGUGGUUGGGGAUGUUUGGGGUGGGAGAGUGGAAGAAGGUGUGGGUGCUGGAGAGGGAGCUUGA